AUGGCUACUAUGGCAAUGCGUCAAUCGCCUGAUAUGGCAAACGGCAGCUCUAACCCCCAGAUUUCCAAUGGAGCGCAAAGAGCUCCAGCAAGGCGCAAUCGUCAAAAGACUCCUUCUGCGGAAAGCUCCGAAUACGAGGCGGAAUAUGAUAACCCGAAGACGGCCCAGACCAGUGGGAGCGAUGGCCUUGCGCCAGGACAGGGAGACAAGUCUUUCUCGGCCAGGGCCCGAAACCAGCCCGAGGCAAACCUGAACUAUACAACCCGCAAGCCGAUUCCUCCAUCGACACCAGAGUUAUCAGAGAAAUCGUCCACACCGCGAGGUCUUUCCACAGAGCCCUAUCACCCAGAACCCAGUGCAAAAAUGCCUGAGAUCCAGGUCCAGUCACCACCACCUGCACCAGUUGUGUCUUCGCCCCCGACUCGGUCCAACACCACACGUUCGAUCUCCGCCAAUGACUCGCGGCCAGACUGGGCAUCAGAGCGAUCACCUCUUCAAAAGUUGGAGGUAACCUUAACUGGAAUCAGCAAGGAAGAGAAGCGAGCACGAGUACAACAGGCAGAAAUCAAAGCCCGAGAGCGACUUGCGCGCAAGAAAGCCGAACAAGAGAAAGCCGAAUUAGCGGCAUCAUUAGCACGCGAAGCAUCAACACAACGUGCGCAGCCAGAAAGCGAACCAUCCCCCGGCGCAGCCAGACGGAAUGAACAGAGAGAUAUUCCAAUUGGGGAUCGAAAAGAGGACGGCAUGCGAAAUGGACACGCAGCUACACCACCACAACAGCGACAACCAAGCAUAGCUGUGCGUCACAAUCGGACAGUUUCAGCAAAUCCCCAAUAUCAAUAUAACCGCCGCCCCGAAGAACCCCAAUAUACACGCGCAGAAGCUGCCAUCCCACUCUCAGCUAAGAUAGGCAAUGUGCCUAGGCGAUCAGUCACAGUGAGCGGACCUGCCGCGAAACCAGCACCUGCCAACAAUAUCAGCCACAGUCGAUCGAUGUCUCAAGCGGGUCCUCGACCUAUGAAGGCUUCCGGUGCUCUAAGAGCGGAGACAACAGACGAAAUGUUAACACCACCUCGUGCGCAAGAUAGCGCCGAGUCGCAAGUCAGGCCCAAGAAACAAUCUAAACAGUCUGUGUCUUUCAAUGUCCCGCCGCCUACGCCCCCGCCAAUCUUUGAAUGGAGGAAUGCACAGCCUGCUAGGCUUGCGGCCCUUGACUUCGAUAUCCAGAAUUUUGAUGUGGAGCGCAGCAAAGCGUGGUGGGCAGGUGCCAGUAACGAAGAUCGUAGAAAGAGCAGGGCUCUUCCUAAGAACUACAAAUCUCCUGCUCAGAAGCUGACAGGAAUGACUGAGCACAAAAAUUUCCAACCCCAGCUAUUCUUGCGAUGUGGACCUUUGCUACGAUACACAGGUAUCCAGCGAGCUAGGCUUGAUAGAGCCAGCGGCCCCAUUGAAAAGGAUAUAUGGCGAGGAUCUAUCAUGAUAGUGACUAAAGAUUCCCGCUCCUCCUACGACACUCCACCCACACUGAGACUAUUCUCUCAACCGAUGGAUCUUCUUCCUCCUCCACCCGUGGAGAUCAGCCAUGAAGAUGGAAUGCAACUGGCUCCUGAAUAUGUCGACCCAACAGCUGGGCUCAUGAAAGUCGGCCGUGAUGGGCGGCCCCUUUACGUGAGACCAGUGGAACAUGUCGAGGAACAAGUCGACCUAUCGUUUGUAGAGAACGACGAUGGCAUCUACGAGCUCUCACCUAGCAUGGUCGACUAUACUAGUGAAGGCAUCAAACAGCCUAUGACUUCCACUCGGAUGCCUUCCGUCGACGGUGAGAUGGCGAGUUUGUACCGAGACAUUCCUGGAGCCCGUCUGUACGCCGAUGCCGCAAGAGAUGUAACGUUCUGGCGAUUCAACCUAGAGGUUGAACUGAGCACAACGCAACAGCGAAUCGCCUAUCGGAUCAACCAGGGACCCGCCCUGGGAUUCUGGGUGCCCCCAGCUGGAGAAUCCAUGAACAUUAUGUUUCACAGCGGCAACGGGUUCAGCCCCUCUGUGGACUCUGAUCGAGUCUGCGGGCCCGAUCCGCUUUGGCGAGAUAUUCUCAAUGAGCAUCAGACUCGUCCGUUCCAUGUAAUGAUCGGUGGAGGCGAUCAAAUCUUCAACGACUCGGGUAUCACAGAGUCGCCGUUCUUCCAAGAAUGGCUUAGGAUGAAAAACGCAGCCGAGAGAUAUGGGGCGUCAUUCACUCGCGAGUUCCGAGCUGAAUUAGAGCAGUUCUAUCUCGACCACUAUGCUGCAUGGUUCUCUCAGGGCCUCUUCUCGUUGGCGAACUCUCAAAUCCCCAUGGUCAACAUGUGGAAUGAUCAUGAAAUAUUUGAAGGCUUUGCUUCUUACCACGAUGAUUUCAUGCGGACUUCUGUUAUCUCUGGAAUUGGAAAGAUUGCUUUCAAGUAUUACCUGCUGUUCCAGCACCACAGUGUCCCCGAUGAAAUUGAGGCAGAUGAACCCAGCUGGCUUCUUGGUGCUCAUCCUGGUCCAUAUAUUGAGCAGAAAAGCCGGAACCUGUUUAUGUCUCUUGGUCAAGGGGUUUCAUUGUUGGGUCUUGACUGCCGCACUGAACGACGGAGCAAUGAGGUUCUCAGCGAAGAGACCUGUGAUUUAUUAUGGGACCGCUGCCACAGGGAGAUCAUGAAUGGAGAGACAAAACAUUUGAUCGUUCUUUCAAGUGUCCCUGUUGCUUACCCCCGAGUGGCAAUGCUCCGCAAUUUCAUGAACAGCCGCAAGUCACUUGGCAAGGCUGGAGUACUUGGCGGGCUUGUCAAUCGAUCUGGCCCAAAUGUGGAGGUCUUUGAUGACCAUUGGGCUGGCAAGCACCUCAAGUCUGAACGCACAUGGUUGAUUGAGGAUCUCCAGGAUCUGGCCGCAGAGAAAUCAGUCCGGAUCACAAUACUCAGUGGUGAUGUCCAUCUCGCUGCAAUCGGGCAGUUCUAUUCGAAUCCCAAAUUGAAUAUCGCCAAAGACCACGAUUACCGAUACAUGCCGAAUGUCAUUUCAUCUGCUAUUGCAGACAUUCCGGAGACCGAUCUUAUUGCGGAUAUGAUCAACAAGCGGAGUACGCUCCACCACAUGGACUCGAACACCGACGAGGAUGUCGUCCCCAUCUUUUUCCAGGAUGUGAAUGGCAAGGCUCGAAACAACAAACGAUUACUACCUCGGCGAAACUGGUGUUCGAUCCGUGAGUAUAAGCCCGGAUCUACUCCACCUGAUACACCUGAGUCAGAGAUAAUAGAGGCCCCGGAACCUCGGCCAAAUAAGCUGCAGCGGACGUUGUCGCUGGGUCGUGGAGACCAGGGAUCUACCGGGAAGCCUGGUAUUCUCAGGCGCCUUUCCACCCGUGGACCACCUCCUACGAGGACUAUGAGCUUCAAUCGUGGCGAUGAAGCUACUUUCAAUCGACGUGCAAGCUUGGAUGGGCCUACUCAGCCCCACGAGAACGGAGACAGCUAUUUCCCAGGGACCGGAGCCGCGCCACCUCCACGACCCGGCAGCUUCCACCGGCGACCAACAAAUCUCAGCCAAAAAGCGGCAAGGAAAGCGGCGAAGAUGGGAGAUAACGGCGCAGGCGCCUACAUCAACCUCGAGGGCGGGCUCGCCAUCACUUUGAACCUCGAGAUCAGUCCACAAGACCCAUCUGGGGUCACCGCACCCUACAAACUGCUCGUCCCAGCACUACACUACAACGGAACCGAGUACGACCCGCCCCCAGCGCAGAUUGUCAAGGGCUGGAGAAAGUUCCUACCCCGCCGCAAAAAGAACGGGGAAGCAGGUGGACGGCCCGAAGCAGAUGAUUACAGUGACGACGAACAAGACGACUACGAGGACUACGACCUUAUCAAUAAUACCCGCGCUAACGCUGCCACUAGCCAACAACAUCAACCACAGUACGAGGGAUAUCCUGGGAGUGAAGAGGAGGAUGGAGAUUCUGAGGGCGAAGUCCCUCAACGUCCACCACGGCAGGUUAUGGCUGAACAAUCCCCCAGUCCUGAGGAGCAUAGCCGUCCGCGAAAGAAGAAGUGGUUCGGCGUAAUCUAA